GUUUCUCAUCUCAUCUCAGCAGUCAAAAAGCUCUCCCAGAAGAUCACACUGAAAGAAGUGAAGCGGAGACGAAAAGCCAUGGAAGCUGCACUGAUAAGGACCGGCUCCAUCACGUCGCCGGCGGCGAUGCUCACGAGCUCGCCGCCGACCCUAUCCUUGCUCCGCCAAGACUCGUUCUCCGUCGACAGGUUCGCCGCCCCCCCCGGCUCGCCGCCCAGGUUCUCGCUCCACCUGGAGAUGAGCCGCCGCAGGGGACCCUCGGGCGGGAGCCGCAUCCGCCGCGCCCUGUCCGAGAGCGACGUGGUCGGGCCGCGGGGCGGGCUGAGCGGCGCCGGGUCCCUCUCGUUCCCGGCGAGGAUCCCGGAGGAGGAAUGCGGAUCGCUGACCCUCGGAGGCGCCGACCGCGUGGGGCGCUCCGGAGCGUGGCCCCGGAUCGGGAUCCCGCUGGAGGAGCUCGGGGCCUGCGGCGGCGGCGUCGGAGCCGGAAGCGACUUCGGCGGCGACGGUUACGGCGGCGGAUACGGGGACCGGCGGGGGAUCGGCGCUUACUACCGGGAGAUGCUGAGGUCGAGCCCCGGAGAUUCUCUGUUGCUGAGGAACUACGGCAAGUACUUGCACGAGGUGGAGGGAGACGCAGCGAGAGCCGAGGAGUACUACGGGAGAGCGAUACUCGCGAGCCCUGGAGACGGAGAAGUGCUGUCGCUGUACGGGAAGUUGAUAUGGGAUACCCAGAGAGACGAGGACAGAGCCAAAUCUUACUUCAACCAGGCUGUUCUCGCAUCACCGGAAGACAGCACGGUGUUGGGGUCGUACGCGCGGUUCUUGUGGGAAUCGGAGGAGGAGGAGGAGGAAGACGACGAAGAAGACGAUGCAGAGGAAGCUGCGAAUUUGCCGGCAAUGGUGGCUGCUUUUUAGCGGCGAAUCCCAGAGACAGACGGCGGACGUUUUCCGGAUUUUGAACGAAGACGCUGAUGGAUUUCAACAUGGAUUGCGGAGCAAGAACCUGACCCUCGAAUGGUGGUAAACCCGAGAUUUUGCGGAAUUUUAAUCUUCCAUAAUAAGUAUUAGUACCUGACAAGAAUAAAAAGCAAAACAGAGCCUGAUUAAACCGAUCAUGAUCUGUAUAUUGUAUGACUAUGAUCUCCAGUCUGUAGCCUGUACGCUGUACAGCGAAAAGACAAAAUCACUGCCGUCGUCUGUGGUUCGUGCCUUAUCUGGUGGCGGUUUCCAUGUCCUCAAAAUGUAAAUUUCAAACUAAUAAUAACAUGGCUUGUUCGGAUUU